GUCAAGGAGCAAAUCAGCUUGGACACAUGCAGGCUGGGAGGCAUCUGACCACACUGGACAAAACAUCCAGAGAAAAAAAACACAGUAUUGAUGCUGCUACCUUUCAGUGACUUUACACAUAUGCAGAAACGUGUAUCCUGCAGGUAUCACCAAGUGUAACCCGACAAGAGUCGUGCGUAAAAGUUUCCUUUUUUUUCCCUUUGCAGACCAUGCGCAGCUUCUCGGAGCCGUGCACAAGAGUCGGAGAUGCAGCCCUUCACGGGACUAUCUUGGCCGGACCCUCGCUGUCUCAUGAAAUUCAGGAGGAAGGGGAGAUGACAGAGGAUGAGCCGAAAGUUUAUUUGGAAGCCAGCGACCUUUGGACACAGUUCCACAGAUGUGGCACUGAAAUGGUCAUUACAAAAUCUGGAAGGCGCAUGUUUCCGCCGCUCAAGGCCAGCUGCAGCGGGAUGGACAGACAAGCCAAGUAUAUAGUCCUGAUGGACAUCGUGGCGGCUGAUGACUGCAGAUAUAAGUUUCACAACUCCCGCUGGAUGGUGGCCGGCAAGGCGGACCCGGAGAUGCCCAAACGCAUGUACAUCCACCCGGACAGCCCGGCCACCGGCGAGCAGUGGAUGUCCAAAGUGGUCAACUUCCACAAACUGAAACUCACCAACAACAUGUCCGAUAAGCAUGGAUUUACAAUUCUCAACUCGAUGCACAAAUACCAGCCAAGAUUUCACAUAGUGAAGACAAAUGACAUCGUGAAGCUGCCGUACAGCACCUUUAGGACAUAUGUCUUCUGUGAGACAGAAUUCAUCGCAGUGACAGCUUACCAAAACGACCAGAUAACGCAGCUGAAAAUAGACAACAAUCCUUUCGCGAAGGGAUUCAGAGACACUGGCAACGGGAGAAGAGAGAAGAGGCGAGUUAAGAGUCAUUCAUUCACUCACAUCACAACAUAAGAACUAAUAGAUAUCACCGUGAAACUUCCCAAGGUGAAAACUUAAAUUAAGAAGAUCAUUUUUUGUCUUACAAGUUUUCUGAAAUAAUAUUUUUUUAAAUAUGCAAAUUAUGCAUUAUCUUAUUAAAUAUGUGCUAAUUUGCAUUAAUUUCCAGCACAGAAAUCUGAACAUCGGAUAAAACCAGGUUCAAAAUUAUUGUUUAAUUUUGUUGACAUAUUAGAAUCAAAGGUUUUUAUAGAGAGAAUUUGGGAUAUCUCUUUUUUUUUUUAUCACUCCAUAAAUCACACAAUACUGUCAACAGCCAUAAAACAUCAAUUUUCUCCAUGUUUUUAAGGAAUCAAAUGUUGUAUAAAUCAGGCUAUGAAUGACAUAU